UGUGUUCCUGGCCGCGCACGGAGAGCCCAUCGCCUGCGGGCUCACCAGCAGCUCCAAGUCCGCGUCUGGCCAGCCAGCUCUGAGCUGCGAGCUGGGCAGGCAGGCAGGCAGGCAAGCGGCGCAAGGCUGCCCCCGCUGGCUGUUUUGCGCCGCCUCCGAGGGGGCGGCAGCUCUGCGGCCUCUAUAAAGGCGGGCGAGGCGCCUCAGCAGGGCAGAGUCGAGCCGACCCGUCUGGCUUGCGCGUAUCCCCUCCGCAGCUUCCCGCCCAGUUCUUAGCGCGCGCCUCUGCGCCUUUCGCCGCUGCUCCGAUCUUUCCAAUGCGCCUGGCGGAGAUGAUCAAGAAAAUGGGUCCCAUCGAGGCGGAGUUGAACAUCCCGGCCAAGAACUGCUACAGGAUGGUGGUGCUGGGCUCGUCCAAGGUGGGCAAGACGGCCAUCGUCUCCCGCUUCCUCAACGGCCGCUUCGAGGACCAGUACACGCCCACCAUCGAGGACUUCCACCGCAAGCUCUACAGCAUCCGUGGGGAGGUCUACCAACUGGACAUCCUGGACACGUCGGGCAACCACCCCUUCCCGGCCAUGCGGCGCCUCUCCAUCCUCACCGGAGACGUCUUCAUCCUCGUCUUCAGCCUGGACAACCGGGACUCCUUCGAGGAAGUCCAGCGUUUGAAGCAGCAGAUCCUGGAAACCAAGUCUUGCCUCAAAAACAAGACCAAGGAGAACAUUGAAGUUCCUCUGGUCGUCUGCGGGAACAAAGGUGACCGGGACUUCUACCGGGAGGUUGAAUCCCGAGAGAUCGAGCAACUGUUGGGGCAGGACUCCAAAAAGUGUCCCUAUUUUGAGAUCUCUGCCAAGAAGAACAGCAGCCUGGACGAGAUGUUCCAGGCGCUCUUCACCAUGGCCAAACUGCCCAACGAAAUGAGCCCAGAUCUGCACCGCAAAGUCUCCAUGCAGUAUUGUGACCUCCUGCACAAGAAGACCCUCAAGGGGAAAAAGCUGCUGAAGGACACCUCUGGAGACGGGUCUGGGGAUGCCUAUGGCAUCGUGGCCCCCUUCGCUCGCCGGCCCAGCGUCCACAGCGACCUCAUGUACAUCCGAGAGAAGGCCAUCCGAGGUGGUCAGGCCAAAGACAAAGAACGCUGUGUGAUCAGCUAAAGCUUUCCUCUCUGACCUUCGGACCUUCUUGACCAAGAAGGGGCAAAGAGGUUCUUUGGUAUCCAAACUCUGCCAGCCCAUCUGGGGGGCACGCAAGCUUCGGGCUGGGCCUGUGGGACACGGGGGAAGGGGCCUCCUCACUCUCCACGGGGAACUUUCUGCCAUCGGCUCCCCAAGAUUAUUUUCCUCUUAGCAAGAGUUGGAGGCGAGGCUGAAGCGUCCAGCCGGGACCUGAGACUGGAGAAGGGACAUUGCAGAUUCAGUGGUGGGAAGGAGGCCACUCAGUCUAUGUUUGUGGUCAAAAAGACUGGGGGGAACGGGAGGGGGGAUUUGGUUGAGUGGGUAGCUGAACUCUCCGACUUUCUCAUGGCUGUGUCUGUGAUGCUUUUUGUGUGUUGCCUCUGAGCGUGUUGAAAAGUUUAUUUUGCUGCUGCUGAAAAUUAUCCGUGGCUUCUCCUCUCCCCCUUCACCCUGCCUUGUGUGGGAGCACAGAAGGAGGGGAGACCGGCAGGGAAGCUGUUGGAAAAGUGAGCCUGUUUACACCCCUCGUCCUUUUUCUCGGACGUUGUUGACAAACAAGCAAACCGACCGACAACCGCAUUGCAUUAAAGCCAACAGGCACUUUAUAUACACAUGUAGAAUUAUCGGGUUGAUUGUCAAGAUUGACGUCUUGUUUUGACAAAUGUUUCACACUGGUUCUUUGUUAUAUUGGGA